AUGGCGCCGUACUUUAUCCGCAACUUGAUCCUUCGCCGUGAGCGGCAAGGAGAGCAGUCGCUCAUGAAAGCGUUAUCGAGGCUGACCUGGAUACAAUGGGCACCAUUCUGGUCGGGGUGGCUGGCGUGGUUUACCGACCCCCUCGACUUCUUCUCCGUGGCAUUGUCAGUGACAAACCUUCAAAAGCUGUUCGACAAGGCCAACGCUUCGGACAUCGUGAGGACUUUGGAUAUCUCAAUAGCCUCUAUACCGAUAAGCUUCGUUCAGACAACUGCUAUCUCCUUGACAUUGCUACUCCGCCCCGCUGGUACUGUCAUCUUCGGCAUCAUCUCCGAUCGCUUCGGCCGCAAAUGGCCGCUCGUGUUCAACCUCAUCCUCGUCGCCAUCUUCGAGCUCGAGACCGGCUUCCUCCAGACUUUCUCGCAGUUCCUCGCUCUUCAGUAUCGGUAUGGGCGGCUCCGCGAUAUCGCGUCUGGCGUUCUGCAGCAGGGAUAUGGGACCGGUUACCUGGUUGUGGCCGUCAUCAACCUAUUCCUCGUUCCGAGUGUCAGCGUUGGAUGGAGAGCUCUCUUUUGGACGUCCGCCGGACUAUCGGUCUUUGCCGCAGGCGUCAGGGCGCUGCUCCCCGAAUCAGACAUCUUCAUACGUGCCAAAGCCGCCCAGCGUGUGUCCGGUACCACGACCGGGCAGAAGACCAACAUCUUCAUACAUGAGACUUGGGUGAUGCUCAGGUCACAUUGGGCAGCCAGCAUAUACGCUGUUCUGCUCAUGACGGGGUUCACAUUCUUUUCGCUCGGCUCCUUGGAUCUCUACCCGACCUUCUUGCAGCAGAGCAAGGGAUUCAGUCCGCGCAACGCGAACAUCGCCACCAUCAUUGCCAAUUGUGGCGCUUUUGCCGGUUGA